ACCUUAGGAGUGCCACUCCUGUUGUUUCUCAAGUACUUUUUUCCUAAAAUUAGUGAGUGACCAACAGGUCUGUAAAUUUGACUCCAUCAUCCCUUGGGAUAUAAAAUACAACUUGAGGCACAAUCUAGUCAAUGCCUUCAAUGCAUGAACCCUCGGAGGGGCCUCAGUUUAUUAGGUUUCAAAGAUUUCUUUCAUCAAAGUAUCUGUUCUUUCCAUAAAUUUGUCCCUUGGUAGAGUGGUUUAAGUCCCAGCAUCACAGAUUCCCAGCUUUCAGAAUAUUGUUUGCUGCCCACUCUGGCUAUCCAACAGCUGGAGCAGUCCAAGAAAUGUUUUCUGGGCUUGUAAUCUUCUGAUAUUUGGGAGAAGCACCUUUGUGCUUUGUUAUUUCCACUUAAAGUCUCGUGUUAUUAUUUGGAUGAACCAUCUGUGACUUAGUUUUCCAAUGCCACCUGCAAGUGGUCUUGUCUUUCAUUUUUGAGAGUGUCAUUCCUCAAAUGUGACCUGUGCAGUGAACACCAUCUUUUGGACAGAGGAUUUUUCUUCUUUUGGGGUUUUUUUGGGUUUGGGGGUUUUUUAGGUUCACCUAUUUUGGGGAGGGGAAGAACUGACCAAAAUAAAGGAGUGCAGACGUGCAGAAUGGAUGCUUAAGUAACGUUUAGCAGCAAUAAGUCGUGCCCAGCUGUCAGAGCUGGUGGCUCUGCAGCCGAGCUGCCUGACCCUGUGCUGUUGUGUGUAAUCUUGCAGGUUGCAGUUCCCCCAGCUGGCCCUGAGGCGGAGGUUGGGCCAGCUGAGCUGUAUGUCUAGGCCUGCUCUGAAACUCCGUUCUUGGCCUCUGACUAUUCUCUAUUACCUUCUGCCUUUCGGUGCCCUUAAACCCCUGACCAGAGUGGGAUGGAGGCCCAUGAGCAGGGUCGCUCUGUACAAGUCGGUCCCCACUCGGCUGCUCUCGCGGGCCUGGGGGCGCCUGAACCAGGUGGAGUUGCCCACGUGGCUCCGUAAGCCGGUGUACAGCCUGUACAUCUGGACCUUCGGCGUCAACAUGAAGGAGGCGGCUGUGGAGGAUCUGCACCACUACAGGAACCUCAGCGAGUUCUUCCGCAGGAAGCUGAAGCCGCAAGCGCGGCCGGUGUGCGGCGUGCACAGCGUGAUUAGUCCCUCUGAUGGAAAGAUCCUGAAUUUUGGGCAGGUAAAAAACUGUGAGGUGGAGCAAGUAAAAGGGGUCACUUAUUCUCUGGAGUCUUUCCUGGGACCUCGUGUCUCCACAGAGGAACUGCAUUUUAGUCAGGCCCCACCUGGUAACUCUUUUCAGCAACAACUGGUGACCAAGGAGGGGAAUGAGCUGUACCACUGUGUGAUCUACCUUGCUCCAGGGGACUAUCACUGCUUCCACUCGCCCACCGACUGGACGGUGUCGCACCGACGGCAUUUCCCAGGCUCUCUGAUGUCUGUGAAUCCCGGAGUUGCUCGCUGGAUCAAGGAGCUGUUCUGCCACAACGAGCGGGUUGUGCUCACGGGGGACUGGAAGCACGGCUUCUUCUCCCUGACAGCGGUGGGGGCCACGAACGUGGGCUCCAUCCGCAUCUACUUCGACCAGGACUUGCACACCAACAGUCCAAGUUACUCUAAAGGUUCCUACAAUGACUUCAGCUUCAUAUCCAACAACAACAAGGAGGGAAUCCCCAUGAGGAAAGGGGAACAUUUAGGGGAAUUUAAUUUAGGCUCCACGAUCGUCCUGAUCUUUGAGGCACCCAAGGACUUCAAAUUCAACCUGAAAGCCGGACAGAAAAUCCGCUUUGGAGAAGCGCUGGGCUCUCUAUAGAAACUGUCUCAGCAAGAAGAUUUUCUAUACAAAGGGACUCUUUUCACACCACUGAGUGUUUCACUUUACAAAGUCCUUAUCACUCAGCAGGACCUGGGUGAGGAGAAGAUGUCACUGCUGUGUUAACCUGGAGAGUAUUUGCUCUACAUUUACCUGCUGCUGAAUGUAGAAACUGAACUGAAUGAUCAUGGAUGUAUCGGGUACAGCUGCCUUUAAAGAUGCUGCCCAUGGAGGUUUCUGUCCCACCCUGUGCCUGUUUCAUGUUCUCCCCUCAAUGUGCCACAGGAUAAUUAUGUUCUUAAGUCCCUUUUAAGCCUUCUGAGGCUGUGCAGGUGCACUGGGGAGGGAGGGAGAUUACCUGUGUUUAAAGGGACACUGACAGGCUGAGCCAGACCUUGUACUUUGGAGCUGCAAUAUUUGUUUUUCAGACCUCGAGUAAAGAAUAUGUUCUCAUAUUUAUUUUGUGCUAAGAAACUCUGCUGAAUUUGUUACAUAAAGAGAGCCUGUGAAUGCACGCAGAGCCAAACAGUGACAUUGGCUGGUGUGGCUUCACAGCCCAAACAAAGCAAAACAUGCAACAGAGCAUCACCAGAAAGAAUUACACUCAGCCAGGUUUUCCACUGUUGGAUAACUCCAGUGCUUUUGCCUGACAUUGUCCCUUUAAAAAUGGACUUUGCACUGUAUUUUAAACCUGCAAACACUGUGUCUACAUUCCAGACAACAGCACUUGUCAUCUUGGGAUUUUCUUUUAAAAAACAAACAGACAAACCCAGACAGAGGUGUGCGUCCUAUUCCUAAUCCAUGGGUUUAUUUUGCUACUCCAGGCCUUAAAGUUUUUGUCUGUAUGAGAGACAGUUACUUCACCUCUUGGAUUAUGGAGUUGGAAGACACAGGGAAUGUUUUUCUUAUGUGAUGUGAUAACAACUAAACUAUGUUUUUACUUUCUGCUAUGUAUCUUCAUUAUUGCUUUGUCACUAAAUUAUUGAAGAAUUAAUUCCUCUGUUACAGAACAGCUUCAGCUACUUCAGGACCAUUUUUUAUUGCUCAGAGUGAAAUGCCCUAUGCACUGACUGUGUUUAAAAGCAUUAUGGCUCUUUGAAGAAAUCCCACGUUGCCUCCCAGGUGCCAACCUGGCCCUCCCUUGACCGGCAACGAUUUCAUCUCACUCAAAAUAUUAAAAGAAUCCCACACUGGCUCUAACUUCUGCCCUCAUACUUAAUGCUAGGAACGUGCUGGGGGCUGAAAGCUCUGUGCUGAAGCUUCAUCCCCAGUAAAAUUUGAGAGUUCACGUCAAGGAGAGUUAAACUCUCACACCUGGGAUCUGUUGCAGGUGGCACCAUGUGGUGCUGACAGAAACCGCUGCCAAAGUGAAGAGGAAUUGAGUUUUAAAGCAAUGCAAGAGUUGUUUUUGGAGAAUAAACUGUUUCAAGUCCCAGCACUCAAACAUUUAGAAGUGAUUGUGCUGUCCAGAGCCUGUUGGAGUGGACACGCUUAUGAAACCUGCCUUUCUGCUUUUGAAAGAUUUCUCAUAGUCCUUCCUUGCUUGAGCUACUUUUCUGCUACUUUCAGGAGUCAGGCUUUGAGCAGCUCUGAUCUCCUAAAGAAACCCUUUUCCUUCUUUGUAUGCACUGCAGAAAAUAGAACAUCAUUUUGUUGUCCAGAUGUCCAGUUUGCCAAGUCCUGUAUGCUUAGCUUGUCAUCAGGGAGGAAGGGAUGAUGAACUGCCUCUCAGUGAUGUAGCCCAGCCCUGGGGCAGGUGAUGGUGGUGGCUAUGGGGGUGACAAGCUGGAGAAAAUUCCUUUGGCUCCAGGAGUCAGUGUUUCCUCACUUUACACAGGGGGGAGUUUGAAAGCUUGAAGUGGCUCUCAGCCACCUAUCUUGUUAAACUUCUUGGCAUUAGCAAGGUUACUCCUGCAGCAGUAUAGUACCAGAUGCGAAGUUGUUUUUUUUUUUAAACCUUUGAGAGUGAGAAAAGAGUAAGUCAAAUAUCAACCCCAAGAGGAUAAAGUUAUGGUGAGAUUUUUGAUUAAACUUCAAUGUUGUGUUAACAGUAGAAAGCAAAUUUGUUCCAGUGGAUGAGAGAAAGAGACAAGUGAAUCUUUUCCCCCUUUUCCACUGGGGCCUGUGGCACCCAGACACAGCCAAAGGAAGUUUAAGCUUUAAUUUCUUCCUACUCAGCAUCAUCAUCCACAGUAUGUGAAGGUCACUGUUAGCCUGGGAUGGAGGAUGGAUUACCUGAUGUUUGCUUUAUUAGAAAGCUUAGGAAGAGGAAAGGAUCCAGCAAGUGGCUGUUUUUAGGAUGGUUUUGAUACUGUGCAGAGUGAGCUAAUAACCCAACAUUGCUCGUGAUGCAGGUCCAGCAACACACCCAGAACUGAAAGCAGAGUUCCUGGAGGGUACUGAUAAUGCUGUGAAUUUCUCCUGCCUGGAGAAUCCAUUUAAUUCAACUGUAUCAGUAGCACGGUAUUUUUGUAUGUCAAAGUGUAUGACUUACUGACAUGAACUCAUUUAAUUGCAAACAUUUUGAAAUAAAGAGUCUUAUCUG